AUGCAAACACACCCUCUUCUCCUAGGCGCAGGCCUUCUCCUUUUGGUUCACCUAAUCAAUGUUCUCAUUUUCAAAACCCUCCGCAACUACCUCAAAAGCCGCAAUCUAGGAUGCGGUCCCGUACCCACCGAGCCCUACCACCUCCCCUUCGGCAUCGACACCAUCCGCCGCAGUAUCCUCGCCGACCGCGAGCAACGCACUCCCGAUUUCGUCUUCUCGCGCUUCACGGCCAUGAACCGGUACACAUGGGCCAUAUCCCUGCUCGGCACAACCAACCUCAUCACCGCCGAGCCACGCAACAUCCAAGCCCUACUCGUCACGCAAUUCGACGACUUCAUCAUGGGUACAGCUCGACGCACGAAUUUGAAGUGGGCGCUCGGGCGCAGUAUCUUUGCUGUUGAUGGGGUGGCUUGGCAUCGGGCGAGGGAGACUAUGCGGCCGCUUUUUAGUAGGGAGAAUGUUUCUAGGCUGGAGGUGUUGGAGGGGCAUGUGGGGAGUUUGUUAAGAGUCGUUGAGGAGAAAAAAGGGGGAUUGAGGGUGGAUGAGGAAGGGAGGGCGUGGUCGGCGCCCGUGAGUUUAGCGGCGUUGUUACCGAAGUUGACGAUGGAUUCGGCGACGGAAUUCUUUUUGGGGAUGAGUACGGGGUCGCUUAACAAGUUGCUUGAGGAGCAGCAACAACAGGAGCAGGAAGGCGACGAGAUUCAUGAAGAAGACAGCUUCGACCACGCAUUCGAGCGCAUGCUCUCCAUCCUCGGAACCAGAAUGCGUCUUCGCAGCUUCUAUUGGCUCUACGGCAACACCGAACUAAACAAAUGCAUAAACACUCUCCACAACUUCGUCGACCGCGCCAUCGACGCCGCAGACCAGGCGAGAAAACAGGGUUCCUCAUCCCUCCGCUACGACUUCCUCGAAACACUACGAUCGCGCUGUUCCGACCGCGCUGAAGUCCGCGAGCAAGUUCUCGGUCUGCUAGCCGCAGGUCGAGAUACGACAGCAUCACUUACAUCAUGGGUGUUCUACUGCUUAGUGCGGGACCCACGGGUAUACAACAAGCUACGUGAAAUCAUUCUCGCUGAAUUUGGGUCUUACUCGAGUACCAUUGUUGGACAGAGUAUAACGUUCGAGAAGCUGAAAAGCUGUUCUUAUCUACAGCAUGUUCUGAACGAAACACUACGCCUCCACUCCGUCGUCCCCUUCAAUUCCCGCUGCGCUAUUCGCGACACCACCCUCCCUACCGGCGGUGGCCCCUCGGGUACCCUCCCCAUCUUCGUCCCCGCGGGCACAGAAGUAAACUUCAGCACGCACGUCCUGCACCGCCGGAAAGAUCUCUGGGGCGAAGACGCCGAUGAAUUUGUACCUGAACGGUGGGAGAAGAGACGGCCGGGGUCAACGUGGCAGUACGUCCCGUUCAAUGGGGGCCCGCAGGUUUGA